GACACAUCUCUAUGUUCUUAUCAAACUUCCACUUGCCAUCGUGAGAAGCGGUGUAGUGAGAAAAUAUAGAAAUGGCUUCCUUGUGUAGACAAAUUGUCCGCGGAAAUGCUCUCAAAAGUGUGUUAUUUUCGUCUGCUCGACGGGGAUACGCAGAUAAAAUGAUGGUAGACCCCAUGGAACAUGCCACUGGAUUGGAAAAAAGAGAACUGGUAGCUCUUCAGUCAGGCAAUGAUGAUCCUUUUAACAUGAAGGUACUGAAGAAGGCCGCUGGCACCCGUGACAACCCUACACUUGUUCCUUCCUGUUUUGAUGCUCGUAUUGUUGGAUGCAUAUGUGAAGAACACUCUACAAGUAUCAACUGGCUUUGGGUGCACAAGGAACAUCCCCGCCGCUGUGAGUGUGGUCACUGGUACAAAUUGAUCGAAAAAACACCCCUGUAAAUUCAAUUUUUAGUUACAAUUUGUAGUGUUUAUUAAUUGCAAUGUACGCAUCGAUCGGCGCACAUGAUCGUUCUGCGAUUUUAUAAAGUGUCAUUUAGAUCCGAUACUGAACGGAAUCAAAGAAAUCAUUAAAUAUGUAAGCAUAAA